ACAGCUUUAUCUCCGCGGGUUCGAGGAGCAGGUCGCGCGUUAUAAAUACAGCCUCCAGCCGGAUAGAAUAAAAUGAGCAUCGACAGCCAAGGGAUCCGCGUCCGGCCACCACUCCAUGAUCUCAGUGAGAAGGAUGCUGCAGCAAGCUCUCAGAGUAUCCGGCCGGAGCGCCUUCCCCCUGGUCAAGUGGAUGGAGAGGUGGGCUGAGGGCGCAGCGGCGGGUCCGGAGGGGACCAAGCAGCAGCUCGCAGGGAAGACUCUGGACGACAUGCCCGGACCGACGGUCGCCAGUUUCGCCUGGGACUUGUUUGCCAAGCGAGGGCUGUCACGGCUGCACGAGUUACAGCUGGAAGGAGUGCAGCGGUACGGCCCCAUGUGGAAGGCAAGCUUCGGCCCCAUCCUGACGGUUCACGUGGCCGAUCCGGCUCUCAUUGAGCAGGUACUGAGACAGGAGGGCCAGUACCCCAUGCGCUCUGACCUUUCAUCCUGGAAGGACUACAGGAAGCUCAGAGGACAUCACUACGGACUCCUGACGUCUGAGGGGGAGGAGUGGCAGGCGGUCAGAAGUCUCCUGGGGAAGCACAUGCUGCGGCCGAAGGCAGUCGAAGCUUAUGACAAAACCUUGAACAGCGUGGUCAGUGACCUCAUUGCCAAACUUCGCCUUCGCACACGUCCUCGAGGCCUCGUCACGGACAUCGCCAGCGAGUUCUAUCGCUUUGGCCUGGAGGGCAUCUCCUCCGUAUUGUUUGAAUCCAGAAUUGGCUGCCUGGAUGCCGUUGUUCCUGAAGAGACAGAGCGUUUUAUCCAGUCGAUCAACACCAUGUUUGUAAUGACGCUUCUCACCAUGGCCAUGCCAAGUUGGUUGCACCAGCUGUUCCCUAAACCCUGGAACAUCUUUUGUCAGUGCUGGGACUACAUGUUUGACUUCGCUAAAGGUCACAUCGACCAGCGUCUGACGGCAGAAGCAGAGAAAGUCGCCUCUGGAGAAAAAGUGGAGGGCCGCUAUCUCACCUACUUCCUGUCCCAGACAGGGCUGCCCAUGAAGACCGUCUACAGCAACGUCACAGAGCUGCUUCUUGCAGGAGUUGACACAAUCUCCAGCACUAUGUCCUGGUCUUUGUAUGAGCUGUCCCGUCACCCUGAGGUGCAGGCCUCGCUCCGGGAUGAAGUGUUGACUGUACUGCAGGGUCGUCGCGUACCGGAGGCAGCCGAUGUUGCUCGCAUGCCUCUCCUGAAGGCCACAGUUAAAGAAGUGUUAAGGUUGUACCCUGUUAUUCCCGCCAAUGCACGAGUCAUCACUGAGAGAGACAUCCAGGUUGGAGGCUACCUCGUCCCUAAAAAUACUUUGAUCACUCUCUGCCACUUUGCAACAUCACGGGAUCCAGCAGUGUUUCCAAACCCAGAUGAAUUCCAGCCCCAUCGAUGGUUGAACAAGGACCAGACUCAUCACCCGUAUGCCUCUGUACCUUUUGGGGUGGGAAAACGCAGCUGCAUAGGCCGCCGUAUUGCUGAGCUGGAGCUCUACCUUGCUCUUGCCAGGAUCCUAAUAGAGUUUGAUGUGAAGCCGGACCCAGAAGGGGUUUCCGUGAAGCCCAUGACACGGACGCUUCUAGUUCCUGAAAAUGUCAUUAACCUGCAGUUUAUCGAACGAUGACCCACUCUCCCGAGCGGUUCAGUUACGUGAACGUGAACGUGAGACUCUUGGCAGCAGAGAGCACGAGCAGGCAGAGUUACCACAGGAGCUGUGAGCCCGUUGCAUUGCAGCGGAUCACGUCAGAGCGGACCUUCAACCCUCCACAAAUCAAAGACCAAAGCCCUCCAUACCCGCAACCUUGUUUGUGGAGGUUGACAUGUGGAGACGGACAAACGGGAGAAGGAUGAGGAGGAGUGAAGGCACAUCACUGAGACAUUCCCCUGGGAGCGGUUUAACUCCAAAUUUCAAUCUGUCUCUUUUUUUUUUUUUUAAACAUAAAAUCACCAUUAUAGCACUUAUUUGCACAGAGGCCAAAAGCAAGCCAGUGAUCUCCUACAAUAUGUUUAACAAAUAGUCUUCAUACUUUCAUUUCAUCCUUAACGUGAGUCACACCAUUACAUAGGAUUUGACUUAACAUGUCGGUAUUUGAAGCAGAUUUCUGAUUAAGCCCUCGCAAAUGUGAUUAAGAACUGUGUUCAUAUAUAACACGAGCUUCCACACUCUUAACUACAUACAGCAGUAUCAGCGAUUUCCUGUGUGUCCUGAUCGUGUAAAUGUUUCAUUUCAGGACCGUCUGUGUACAUGUUAUUCCAGUUUUCCAGCAACGACAUUACAUGUCUCAUAAAGUCUGAGAUGCACAGUGCGUCAUGAAUUAUUGAAGAGUACUAGGAGAGCUUCAGACUGGCACAAGAGCACAGUUUCUAACAUCUCCAGCUCUUAUUGAGAUACUAGUUAGAUUUUAAACAUGUUGAUAAAAAUGUCUUUCAUAAGGUGCUUAUGGUGAAAAACUUUUAGUGAUGGGUUCCUUUUUUUUUUGUUGAAAAUAUCCACAAAAAUGGCAGCUGUUGAAAAUAUUCCUGUGCAGAAAUACAUGGUGCCACUGUUUUAAAACCCAAAACUAUUCUGCACUCAGACUUUGUAAAUCUGCCUGUCUUGUCUUUGAAAUUUAAAUGUAUGCAACAAUUCAACACUGCAGCACAAUGCAAGUUUAUCUGUCUGUAAUUUUUUUUUUUUUUUUUACGUCUAAACCUACUAUGACUGAUAUUUCACCGUUUUGUAAACUUCAGUAUCUGAAUUCUGUAUUUAUUCUAAUUUAACAUAUUUUGAAACUGUUACUGUAAAUGUCAAUAAAAGGUUUCAAGUGAA